UGUAUUACCGAGCAGUAAGUAUAAAAGUCGAGCAGGGGAAGAACCAUUUCUAUUAACAACAAGGUUUUCAAGAUGACAACAUCUGCUGUAGAAGCUCCCAAUAGUGCAUAUCCCGAUCUAGAAAAGCGACUGGAAAGGUAUUUGCGAAGUGUGUUCUGCCUCAAGGAAAUCGAUACUAAAAAUGAGUACGAUCCAACCGAAGUGGAGUACUUUGGACUUCUGAGUUUAUGCGAUGUUCGAGCGCCUCGCCGAAAACUGUGGUACAUGUACUAUGCGACGACAGAUCAGGUGGACAAAACUGUGGAUCAGAUCCAUCGUAAAUAUGGCCAAAGGAAUAUGUACGAGCUGUUCAGAAAACCGGUAUAUACAGGGGCUGGAAUGCGAUCCCGGGUUAAGAACCACUUCAAAGAACUUAAGUGGCAAGUAAAGGGAAAUAUUUUGGAAGCCCCUCCAAAUAGCUCCUUCAAUGACGAGAAAGUGGUAAACACAAUCGCAGAUUUAUAUCAGGACGAAAGGAGAAGAUACUUCGAUUACCUUAUGUCUAGGAGUAAUCUGUAUAAAUCGUGUACAUAUCGACACAUAAAUGCAUAACAGAGUUUCAUUUCUGUAUAAGAUUGUCUAGAAUAAAGCUUUAAUAUAAUAAUGCAAAUACAUAAA